AUGGGUUCAAAACCAUGCUUUUGUGAAUCUCCUAAAAAUUAAUAUAAAGAAAUCAACAUUAUAAUUGAUCAGUUUAGCUAAGAAAAAUAGAUACCUGUUAAAACUCCAUAAAAACCUGUAGCAUUAUAAAUGAUGAAAUCUCUUAAAAAAGACGAUGAAUUUGAACUAUUUUUGAUUAUGGAAAAAUAUGAACGUUUACUUUAGAAGCAAAAUAAGAGAUAUAAGGCUACUUCACCCUCUUAAUAAAUUAAGACAGAGACCAAAGAGAUUACAACUACAUAUAAUUUUUACAAACAAAUAGGAAAAAUUGAUUAUUAAAAAUCAAAAUCUUUAUCUAACACAAAAUUAUCGACAUCAAGUUAAAGAUCGACAAUAAAAAGUAUACUCAAAAAGAGAUCAACCCAAAAUUAAAUAUCGUAUUAAUAAACCUCAGUUCCACAGAGAUCGUUUAAAAGUGUACAUUUUGACAAAGUAUCGAGUCCUAAAAAUAGUGUUUAAGGAUAAAUGCAUAUAGGCAAAAGGAAAACUUUCUUAAGAUCCUACUAAUAAAAUUUUUAAUGA